AUGAUAGAGGGGGGCAGAGCGAGCUUCAAACAGGAAGCUCAUCCCGCAAAGCACACGCUGAUCUAUGAGAGCUUUACCAGGUAUCUGGUAGAGCAUAAAGACUAUGACAAGGACCUUCUUAUAUUGACCCCUGCUUCCUGGGAUUUCUGUUUCAAAGGCUUAGUGGUAGACCUUGAGGAUGGAAACUUGGUUAAGUUGGCUGAAGAUGGAACUGUUUUACGAGCAACCCAUGGGACCAAUAACCUCAGAACAGAAGAGAUCAUUAAACAUUAUGGUUCAAAAAGGGAAUGGAAGAACUUUAAUAGCCUUAAUACCUCAUUUACGAAAUCUACAAAGUACUAUUUUUAUGACAACUAUUUUGAUCUACCUGGAGCUCUUCUCUGUGGAAGGGUUGUGGAUAUGUUGCGUAAGCGUGGGAAUGAGGUGAAUUCAGACUUCUGGAAAGACAUUGUUGCUGCCAUCGACCACAAUUACAACACAUCUGCAUUUAAAGAGGAUGCAGGAUGGUACUUCCCCAGUGUAAAGAGGGACCCUGGCCGUUACCUGCAGCCCUGCUCAGAGUCCGUCAAGACCUGGCUGAGGAGCAUGAAGAGUGCUGGGAAGGUUCUCCUGCUGAUCACCAGCUCCCACAGUGACUAUUGCAGGCUCAUCUGUGACCACAUCCUGGGGAAGGACUGGGAGGAGCUGUUUGACAUCAUCAUCACCAAUGCCUUGAAGCCUGGGUUCUUCUCCUUGGUGCCCCAACAGAGGCCCUUCAGGACUCUAGUGAAUGAUGUGGAGGAGAGUGAAGGGCUGCCGUCCCUGGACAAGCCUGGCUGGUACUCUCAAGGAAACUGGCCCCACCUCCACCAGCUGCUCAAAACCAUGACUGGGAAACCUGAGCCCAAGGUGGUGUACUUUGGGGAUAGCAUGCGGUCGGACAUGUUCCCUGCUAGCACGUUCGGGAAGUGGGAGACGGUGAUGAUCGUGGAGGAAAUGGAGGGAGAGGGCGUCCCGAGGUGCGACGCAGCGAAGACCAACGAGGCCCAAGCGGAGCCUCAGGACAAGAAGGGAAAGUUUGAGGACCAGGGCAUGAAGGCGCCCUCUGCUCCAUCAGAACAGUGGGGAUCCUACUUUGUGGAUGCACACAAGAGUGGUGAAGGGGAUGAGGAGAGCCAGAAACUCACCUGGUGCUGCCAUAGCAUCCACAAAUACAGCACCAUGGCCAUCCCCAGUGUGGAGUCUAUUGCAGAUCUCCCUCUGGACUACAAGUUCCCUAGAUUCUGUCCCAACAAACCCUGCACCACCGGCUACUACCCCAGACCCCCAGAUUCCCUGCUGAAAAAGUUCCAGAGUCAGUCGUCUUAA